AUGGAUGUGCUGGCUACGACACAGCCAUUUUCUGUAAACCUAGCACCGUCACCAACUCAGCUGGAAGCGGCUGUCAGGAGACUGCUCGACGCGAGAUUCUCAACCACAACAUACCGGCUCAGACACACGGAGCUCUCGACCUUUUUAGCCUUACUUCUCCGGGUGAGGGUUUCGAAUGUCAAAUGGGGCAGGGAUCAUUACUUUGGGUCAUUCGCGGACGAGGAUCCGGCGGAUGAGGUGUUGGCUAACGCGAUGGCUGCAAGACUGAUCGGCAGUAAUAAGGCAGACUUUGACAAGGCUUUAGAACUGACGAUGGAUGCAUUGCCAAAUCUUGUGCCACGUUUCCAUCAACUAUGGACAACUCUUUUCCAGCCUCCAAUGUCGGAUUUUGACGUGGAACUCGAACCAAAAGAUGAAAAUAUGUUAUCGCGUUACUUGGCCGCCGCUUCAUUGUUCGUGCCUUUGCCUGAGGCAUUGACACCCGCUGGUUUGCGAGAUAGACACAUCAGUCAUAAUAAAGUCGGAGCGACUCAAGAUGAACCUAUUCUAUCAUUGCCGAGUCUCGUCCACCACCUCCAGAAUAUGCCAGAUUCCCACCUCAUCCUGGCCACGAAUCUUCACGAUCCCCAUGCUCCAGCAACCGUAAUAGGAAGCUUCAUUCCUAGUCUAUUAUGUGCAAUGUCCGACAGCAGCAGCGGAACCCGAAGCCGCAAGACUGGAGACGCACACCUCCUCUUCCAGCUACAGCUGGACUUCCGACUGAUCCGAUGGGAAGGACCUCACACACUUCUGAAGACCUUGAUCAAGACCAAUUACGAACUUGCCUCUCUCCACGCCGUGGAUGCAGAGAGCGGGCAACAGACAAGGGAGUUCGGUGUCAUUGCAUGGCUCAAAUGA